CAAUUCCCACAUGUAACUGCGCUUCAAUAACAAACAUGGCAGCCCCCAUCGCUGCAGCAAGAGUUCGCUCCAAAAUGAUGAAACGAACAUUAUUAUUGUGUCCUAAUACGUCUUUUACAGUCCGGAGUUUGAACGUAGAAUGUCCGCGAUAUAAUGGUCAGUUGCAGAGCACGACUGUGAGCGUUCCCAUGCGGCUGGAAGGCGUGGUCGGCCUGGAGAUCCACGCCCAGAUUCACUCCCGCACUAAAAUGUUCUCCGGCUCGGCCGUCCGCUUCCUGUCGCCUCCAAACUCCCUUGUGUCCUUCUUCGACGCCUCCUUACCUGGCACGUUACCUGUCCUGAACAAACGCUGUGUGGAGGCAGCCGUCAUGACGGCCUUGGCUCUCAACUGCCGCAUCAACAGAAAGUCUCUUUUUGACCGGAAGCACUACUUUUACGCCGAUCUCCCUGCGGGCUACCAGAUCACGCAGCAGCGGCGGCCCGUGGCGGUGGACGGCGUGCUGAACUACAGCCUCCUGGGCGGCAAGAAAGGGAACCGCGUGGUUCCAAAGAACGUCCGCGUCAAGCAGAUCCAGCUGGAGCAGGACAGCGGCAAGAGCCUGCACGACGACGCCCGCGGACAGACGCUCGUCGACCUCAACCGGGCGGGCGUGGGCCUCAUGGAGCUGGUGAUGGAGCCCGACAUGACGUGCGGCGAGGAGGCGGCGGCGGCCGUCCGGGAGCUGCAGCUCAUCCUGCAGGCCCUCGGCACUUGUCAAGGAAACAUGUCGGAGGGCCAGCUGAGAGUCGACGCGAACGUGUCGGUGCACAGACCUGGCGAACCGCUCGGCGUCAGGACGGAGGUGAAGAACAUCAACAGCAUUCGAUACCUGGCCAGGGCUAUCGACUAUGAGAUCCAGAGACAGAUGGACAUCCUGCGCACAGGAGGCAGCGUGCACAACGAGACGCGCUCUUACGAUUCCAAAUCUGGGACAACCGUGCCCAUGAGGGACAAAGAGGGUCUCCAGGACUACAGGUUCAUGCCCGAGCCCAAUCUCCCGCCCCUGAUGGUGUACGAAGACUCGGCCUCGGUCCCGGCGGGCGCCGACGUCCGGCAGACGGUGGUGGUGCAGAGUUUGAGGGCCGAGCUUCCCGAGCUGCCCGCCGUGACGAGAGACAGGCUGGUGGAGACGCACGGCAUCCUGCCCGAGCACGCCUUCACCCUCCUGAACGAAGACGGCCUGGUGGAAUACUUUGAGCGUGUGCUGAAGGCCACCGGCCGGGAGCCGAGGAAGGUGAUUGGCUGGGUGACCAACGAGCUGCUGGCCCUCCUCAAACAGCAAGACUUGAACGUCGGCCAAAGUCGCGUGUCUCCGUCCUCCAUGGCUCAGCUGCUGGAGCUCUUGGAAGCGGGAAGCAUCUCCUCCUCGGUGGCCAAACAGGUGUUUCAGGAGAUGUGGAGGCAGUCGGGUGCAAAGACGGCGACUGAGAUCGUCAGCGAGCAGGACUUGGGUCUUGUUAGUGAUGCGCAGCGGCUGCGCGACGUCUGCGCCAAGGUUGUGGACUCGCAUCCGCACGAGGUGCAGGCCUUCCGAGCAGGCAACCAAAAAGUUCUGAACAAGCUGAUGGGCUCGGUUCAAAAGGAGACCAAAGGCCGGGCGGACCCGAUCGUGGUGCGCAAGAUUCUGCUGGACGAGAUUUCGGAGAGUGCAUGAGGGGACGAGGCUACCUCAACGACCACCUGCGUCUGUUGAUUUCAUGUAAAUAAUUAUUUCUCUUCUGUCAAAUGCAAAGAAUGAAUAAAGACUUGCUUUUAUGAAAUGUA